UUAUUAAAACCCAGGUAAAAUUAACAGUCAUUUUGUUAUCAAAGUCUGUUAUCAUUAAUCAUUUAAAAUGACUGUGGAAAUAAAAAAAUUGGAUGCGUUAUUGGGAAAAUAUAUGGAACCAAAUGAAAAUAUAAAAACUACUAAUUACACGACAUUAACUGAAUUUGGUGAUAAUUAUGGGAGUAUUAUGUUGAAAUUGGAUGUGGUUAUAGAAAAUAAAACGAAGAAAGAAGAAAAAACAUUGAAUUUAGUAGCGAAAAUAUUACCAGGUACCGAAUUAUUUAGAAAAGUUUUCAACGUACAAAAAACAUUUUCGAACGAAUUCGCUUUCUAUGAUAAAGUCAUACCUACUUUGGAAGUUUUCCAAAAGGAAAUAGGAGUCGAAACCUUCGACCUAUUCCCUAUAUGUUACGGUACCAGGAAGAAUUUAUUGGGUAACGGUAAUGAUACUAUAGACGACGAUGCCGUUUUGUUAAUGGAAAAUUUGAAAACUCAAGGUUAUGUCAACGUGAACCGAAAAACUGGUUUCAACUUUCAAACAACGAAGCUUCUACUAACAGAUCUAGCGCGAUUCCACGGAGGAUUCUUAUCACUAAAAUUAUCAAAACCUGAUUUAUUCCAAAAGAAUGUUCAACCGUAUUGUCACGAUUUCGUACCCAUAGAAGACACGGUGAAAAUGCAAGUGAUAUUUAGGGAUAUUUUCGAGGAAAUUUGUAAAGAAAAUAAAAAUUAUUCAUCGUACAUUUCCAAGUUUGGAUAUUGGGGUGAUAAACCGAGACCUAAACCAAGGGAACCUUUUUCCACUGUGAUACACACCGAUCUAUGGGUUAAUAACAUGAUGCAUCUUUUCAAAGAUGACGUAGCUGUUAAAAACAAGAUAGUAGACUUCCAAUCGUACACUUACGGAUCUCCCGUAGCUGACAUAUUCUUCUUUUUGUGGACAAGCGUACAGAAAGAUGUUUUAGAACAACAUUUAGAUAUGUUAUUGGAGUUUUAUCAUAAAGAACUAGUACAAGUAUUGAGGAAUCACAAAUGCUACGUCGAUUUUAGUUAUAAACAAUUUCUAGAUGAAAUAGGAAUUGAAUCUGAUUAUGGUUUUUCGCACGCUAUGGCGUUUCUCAUGAUGUUAAAUAUUGACGAGAAACAAGAUGAAGAAUAUGACGCUAAAGCCAUUACUAGAAAAUUAUCCGCUUCUUUCAAAGAGAAAAUAUACUUCAUGCUUACCGAAUGUGAUAAAAGACAUUGGAUUCCUUAGAUAAAAAAAAGGAACGAGUUUUAGAUUAUGUUAUACAUUAUUGUGUUUAUAAAAUGUUAAUGAAUGAAUUUAAAAACUCUUCUUUUACCUUUUCAAGUAUCAUUAGAUGAUUCCCAUUCAUCUUUUAUCCAUUAUUCACAUUCUAUCUCCUAUUUUCUUCAUUUAGUUCCUGCUAGCACUUCAGCUUAUGUUUCUACUUUGUUAAUAAUAAUUUUCAAUGUAUAUUGAAUCGUGUAUUAAAAGAUUUUUAUAAAAAUCAAUUCCUUGGAAUGGAAUUCUCGAGGAGAGAUUUGAAAUGAGCUGGUUCUCAAUUUGUAUAUUCAUUUUCUAAUAAACUUGAUCCCAAUUCACUUGAUCGUUGUUUGAAGCUUCAACCAGUUCUGUAAUCAUCACAUCAUCAUCAUCUAGUUGUGCUCUAGUUGUUCUGUAACGGUCUUUAGCAAGUGAGAUCUCCGUGUUGGUGGAAAUCUUUUUCACUCAAUUACUUUAUUGGUUCAUCGAAUGUAUGUUCUUCUGACCGGCUGUCUUAAGCCAGCUGUGUUAAGGUUAGUUUCAACUCCAUUAAACAAGCAGGGAUUUAGGAUAUGAAGAGAUGAUUAAACUUACCAAUCUUCUGGUUAUUUCACAGAUCUGGUUGUAUUUGUGGGAGCUUAUUUGUUCAAUAUCGACACCUUUUUAAGAAAAUUUAUUCAAAUCAUCAACCGUUUUAUCGACAUUGUCGGUUGUUGUUAAUUUUGAAACUGUAACUUUGACAGAAGAAACUAAAAAUAUCUCGUUGAUUGUUUCUAUUGCAUCUUUUACAUUUAUCUACGUUCUUCUAUUUUAUCAUAUUGUUCAAGAUGUUUCUUUUCCAUUUUUAUAUAAACUUAAUCUUUAUCUUGAAUAAUGUUUCCCGUCAUAUCUUUGAAGGUUUUUACGAUUUUCUUUAAUACAGUUUGAAGCUGCUUUGGUUUCUACUAUUUUCGUUACUGUUUCUUAAUAUUUUCAAUGUUCUUUCCUAAUAUCCAUAAACAAUUAACGCAAUUCUAGUUUCCCCAAGUCUCAUUUCUUUAUUUUCCUUUCAUAUCACUCUUAUUUCUGAAGAAAUUUGAUUUGACUGAAAACAAUCUUCGUUUGAAUAUAAGUAAUUGAUAACUUAUGGUGUACACUGUAUUAUACUGAUGAUUUUUUUUGUGUGGAUGGAUGAAAAUCGAUUUUGUUAUUGUAACAACCAGUUUGUGAUAUGUUUCAAGAAUUUAAUAUAGUUUUUAAUAAAA